UUUGAAUAAACGUACGAAAGAUUAUAAGUUCGGGCUUCGUCGGAAUAUAACGAAAAGGAGAAGGGAAGACCCCCCGGUCGGGCCGGAAACCGCCACGAAUCCGACGCCCGGCGGCAGCAGCAGCAGCUCAAUCCGAGUUCCGGUCUCACUAUAAAGUCUCUCUUCUGUUACUCUUCAAAUAUUCUCUCUCUCUCUCUCUCUCUCUCUCUGUGCGUGUGUGUGUGUCUGUCUCUACGGUGUCUGUUGAUCCGGAGGGUAGUUAGCUGGCGAUGAGCGGUGACCGAGCUAGGGUUUCAUAGAAUCGUUGAUUUUUUGAAGUCUGCUUCUCUUUCUUUCUAUCCCUCUCUCAAUCUCAGAAUCGCUUUCCUAGAGUUUUAAUUUGUUGUGGCGGGGGAGUUUUCAAUCGAAUAUCCGUCUCCUAGGGUUUGCUACUAAAAAAUAAAGGUGAAGGUGAAUCCAGGUUUGGCAUUUGUAAUUAUAAUUGCUGCUCUUUCUGGUUUCAAUCUGUACUAAGUGGGACCCUCGGUCUUUCGAUUGACCGUAAUUCCUCGUGUCGCUUGUGUUGGGAUUUUGGUACUCCCUUUGGAUUACUUGGUAGGAUAACUCCAGUUUUGUCUCUCCUAGGGUUUCUGAUUUCAAGCGUGAAUAAGAACACGCGUAGUUUGCGACUUCUCUAUCCCCGAGCGGGUCUCAUUUUUGUUUAAGCCUGAGAACGAAUUUGUGGAAUUCAAUUUUGUCUCCUAGGGUUUAUUUUGAUUUGCUCGACCGGUUUUAAUCAAAACUUCAAGAACUUGUGUUCAGUUGGUCGGAAGCCACAGCUGGGCAUGGCGUCGUACAGGCCAUUCCCUCCACCUCCACAGUCCACUUUUGCUCCGCCCCCUAAUCAGAAUCCUCUUCCUCCGCCACCGACAGGGACACAACCUCCGGGAAACCAGUAUUCUCAGAAUUGGGGUUACAGUGGGGGAGAUGGGUCUUACAAUUCUCAGAACUACAGUCAGAUGCACCCGAAUGCUGGGUUUCAGCAUGGAGGCUAUGGAUCAUCAUCAUCAUCGCAACAUUAUGGUCCUCCACCUUCUAGGAAUCAACUUCCUCCACCUCCUCCUCAAAAUCAUCAACAGCACCAACCACAAUAUCCGUAUCCAUUGCCACCACCUCCACCAGAAUCUUCAUACCCGCCUCCACCUCCUCCUUCAGUGCCUCAGAAUUCAAUGAACUUACCACCUGCACCACCUCCAAUGUACUACCCUUCGGCUCAGUAUUCCCAAUUCAAUCAUCAGCCAUUGCAGCCGAUGCAACCACCUCCUCCACCGCCACCUCCUUCUUCCCCGCCCCCCAAUUCUUCAAUUCCUCCUCCGCCACCUCCAUCACAACCUCCAUCUCCACCGCCACCCCCUUCUUCAGCUCCAACAGUUGGUCAAACUAAGGAAAUCAAAGUAGAAAGUGAAAAGGGGCCAUCCAAGGAUGCAAUGGGGUCUGGGUGGCGUGAACCCGGGCAUUCAAAUCAAGGUGCACACCUUAAGCAGCAUAAGCUUCCUGCCUUGAUGCCACCAAAGAAAUCAAAUGGGCCUUCUGGGAGGAUCGAGACAGAGGAGGAGCGAAGGUUGCGGAAGAAAAGAGAGUUGGAGAAACAAAGGCAGGAAGAAAAACAUAGGCAACAGUUGAAGGAAUCCCAGAAUGCAGUGCUGCAAAAGACCCAAAUGUUAUCUUCCGGGGUGAAGGGACAUGGGUCAAUUAGUGGGUCACGCAUGGGUGAGAGGAGGGCUACCCCACUUUUGAGUGGGGAGAGGACUGAAAACCGGUUAAAGAAGCCUACAACAUUUCUUUGCAAGUUGAAAUUCCGGAAUGAGUUACCAGAUCCAACUGCACAACCCAAGCUUUUGUCUUUGAGGAGAGACAAAGACAGAUUCACAAAAUAUACAAUUACAUCAUUGGAGAAAAUGCACAAGCCCCAACUAUAUGUUGAGCCAGAUCUUGGGAUACCACUCGACCUGCUUGAUCUCAGUGUAUACAAUCCUCCCAAGGGUGAAAGAUUACCCCUUGAUCCUGAAGAUGAGGAUUUGUUGAGAGAUGAUGAUCCAAUAACCCCUGUCAAAAAAGAUGGCAUAAGAAGGAAGGAAAGGCCUACUGAUAAAGGUGUUUCUUGGCUGGUUAAAACACAGUACAUCUCUCCUCUAAGCAUGGAAGCAACAAAACAGACAAUGACUGAAAAACAGGCAAAAGAAUUGCGAGAAGCUCGGGGAGGCCGUAACAUUUUGGAGAAUUUGAACAACAGGGAAAGGAGAAUACAGGAAAUUGAGGCUUCAUUUGAGGCUUGCAAGUCACGCCCUGUUCAUUCAACAAAUAGAAAUUUGCAGCCUGUUGAAAUUCUGCCGUUACUGCCUGAUUUUGACAGGUAUGAUGACCAAUUUGUCGUUGCCACAUUUGAUAGUGCUCCUACUGCUGAUUCAGAAACAUACAGCAAAUUGGAUAAAUCUGUUCAUGAUGCCCUUGAAUCUCGGGCUGUCAUGAAAAGCUUUGUGGCAACAGGUGCGGACUCAUCCAGGUCCGAGAAGUUCCUAGCAUACAUGGCACCAUCACCAGAUGAGCUACCAAAGGACAUGUAUGACGAAAAUGAAGAUGUUUCCUUUUCAUGGGUUCGGGAGUACCAUUGGGAUGUACGCGGUGAUGAUGCUGAUGACCCUACAACAUAUCUUGUGGCAUUUGGUGAAUCAGUGGCACGCUAUGUGCCUCUUCCAACAAAACUCAUUUUAAGGAAGAAGAGAGCCAAAGAAGGAAAAUCAAGCGAGGAAGUUGAACAUUUCCCAGUACCUUCAAGAGUAACUGUGAGGAGGAGAUCAACUGUUGCUGCAAUAGAGUUGAAGGAACCAGAGAGUUACCCUGCUUCUAAAAGAAUGAGGACCGACAUGGAGGAUGGACUGGGGAGGCAGCACAAGAUUGUGCAAGACCAAGACAUGGAUCAAUCCAGCGGGGGAGAGUAUGACAUGUCUGAUUGAUUGUUGUUUAGGAAGUUGCAAAACGUAUAGAAUGGUAGUAAGAGCACGGUAUAAAUUUUGUUGGAUACGCAGGAACUUUGUCUUGUAUCUGGUGAAAUUUCUUUUUUCCUCAAUGCCAAGUAUUUACCAACAAUGAUAUUUUACUCUUUUUACCUUUUUUGGGGUCAGAGAAUGCUUUGGCCAAUUCCUUGAGCACCAUGUAUGAAAAAUAAACCAGUCAGAUUGUUGUGAAGUACAUGCUCCUUGAGUCUUUUUACAAGAGAAUUUCCUUCUUUCCAA